AUGGAAAAAGCCAAUUGGACAUCUGGAAGAGAGUUCAUUCUACUGGGGUUUUCAGAAUACCCAAAGACUGAAGUGCUCAUAUUCCUUUUAUGUCUGCUGAUGUACAUAGUAAUUGUACUGGGAAAUGGUAUUAUAAUUAUUUUGACUAUCCUGGACUGUCACCUUCACACACCAAUGUAUUUUUUCCUCAGUAAUCUUUCCUUCUUAGAUAUAUGUUUUACAUCCUCUUUUGUCCCCAAAAUGUUGACAAACUUCUCAUCAGAAAGAAAAACCAUCUCCUUUUAUGGGUGUAUUAUUCAAAUGUAUAUCUCCCUUGCCAUGGGGUCCACAGAGUGUGUUCUUCUAGCCACAAUGGCCUUUGAUCGUUACAUGGCCAUCUGUAAUCCUCUCAGAUAUCCUAUAAUCAUGAACAAGAGACUCUGUGUACAGCUGGUGGUUACAUCUUGGGUUGUAGGUUUUCUUAAUUCAACUAUGGAAACAGCUCUUAUUAUAGGAUUGCCCUUUUGUGGAAAAAAUGUUAUUAAUCAUUUUGUUUGUGAAAUCUUAGCCCUACUAAAGCUAGCCUGUGCUGACAUCUCCUUGAAUGAGAUUAUUAUGUUGAUAGACAGCAUAACACUUGCUUUCUCCCCAUUAUUGCUAAUUAUUAUAUCCUAUAUUUUUAUUCUCUCUGCCAUUCUGAGAAUUAACUCUGCAGAAGGUAGGAAAAAAGCCUUUUCUACUUGUUCAGCACAUUUGACUGUGGUGACUGUGUUUUAUGGGACCAUCCUCUUUAUGUAUAUGAAGCCCAAGUCCAAAAAUUCAAUUAUAGACAAAUUUAUCACGUUGUUCUAUUCGGUGGUGACCCCCAUGCUGAACCCCAUCAUCUACAGCCUUAGGAACAAGGAGGUGAAUUCAGCCGUGAAAUAUGUAUUGAAAAAAUUUCGAUUCAAGAAAGGCCUAUGA